UGCUGCUCGGAAUCGCAGAGCGCGCCUUGCUUCCUCUUGCCGCCCCCGCGUUUUCCUUUCCCGUUGCUCAUUCGACGCUCGACGUAACUUCAAGCAUGUUGAUGACAGCUGUCUCAGCGCUGCGCGCUGGUCGUCAGGCCGCCGUGGCGCUGCAAGCCCCCGUCUGCUCGGUGGCUGCCGCUUACCGCCGCCUCUCUACCUCGGAUCUGAUCCCACAAGUUCGCGAGGAUGAAGUUCAUGCUGGCUGCCUCGAGAAUGUCAUUCAGCGGCCCACUUACAAUGCUGCCGAUUAUCCCACCAUUCCGGGCACCUCAAUUCGCUGCUUGAAGAAGGAGACUCCUGCUCCAGGCAUCUCGCUGAGCACCACGGAGAUCCCCGAGCUGCAGGCCGGCGAGCUCCUGAUCCGCGUCAAGCGCGCAGCUAUCUGCGGUACCGACGUCCAUAUUUACAAUUGGGAUGAGUGGAGCCAGCGCACCGUCCCCACCCCCAUGGUCACUGGCCAUGAAUACUCUGGCGUCGUCGAAGCUGUUGGUGACGGUGUCAAGGGCUUUCAGGUUGGCGAUCGCGUGACCGGCGAAGGCCACAUUGUUUGCGGUCACUGCCGCAACUGCCGCGGCGGUCGCCAGCACUUGUGCCACAACACGGUUGGCGUUGGAGUCAACCGUCCCGGUGCCUUUGCCGAACUUUUCACUCUCCCCGCCACCAAUGCCUUUAAGCUGCCCGAAGAAAUUUCCGACGACAUGGCCUCCAUCAUGGACCCCCUUGGCAAUGCCGUGCACUGCUGCUUGUCCUUCGAUCUUGUCGGCGAGGACGUUCUGAUCACGGGUGCUGGUCCCAUUGGCAUCAUGGCCGCUGCCAUUUGCCGUCAUCUUGGCGCUCGCUUUGUUGUUAUCACCGAUGUGAACGAAUACCGCCUGGGCCUUGCGCGCGCCUGCGGUGCUGAUCUGGCCAUCAACGUUGGUGGUGCCAACGCCGAUGACCUUCUCAAAUCGGCCAUGACCGACCUUGGCAUGCUCGAGGGCUUUGAUGUUGGACUUGAAAUGUCUGGCCAUGGCUCUGCGCUUCGCAACAUGUUGAACAACAUGGCCCACGGUGGCAAGCUCGCCAUCUUGGGCAUUCCUGCCGAGCCUUUCCCGAUUGACAUGGAUAAGCUCGUAUUCAAGGGUUUGACUGUCAAGGGCAUUUACGGUCGUGAGAUGUAUGAGACCUGGUACAAGAUGCGCAACAUGCUGAUUGGCGGCCUGAGCAAGCGCUUGGCCCCCAUCAUCACUCAUAACCUCAAGCUCGAGCAGUACAAGGAGGGCUUUGAGAUUAUGCGAAGUGGCCAAUCGGGCAAGGUGAUCCUUGAGUUUUAAGCACCCUGCAUUAGAUAGAAUGCGCGAUGUCCUUUGACACUGGGAUAAUAAACACACGCCUCAACCACUACUCUAGAUGAAACAAGGGUCAAGUGCCUCGCUUUCCGCUUGACCCCCUUUCCUUUUUGAUCGUCCAAUCAAAACUUUCUUUUCUUGUUUUGGUUUGUGUUUUCGUUUUCUUUUUUCUUUUGUUUCCUUUCGUUUUUUUUUCCAAUUGACCCACGCGACCGAG